AAAUAACCAACACAAUCUAUCAAUUUGUGUUAGAAACUGCCCCAGAUUUGAAUCUCUCACUCUCACCCGUCAGUAGGUUAGAGAUCGUAAACACGAUGAUGAGUUCGAUGAAAUUCCAGCUAUAUCCAGCCUCGCUUAGUUUGGCUUCCGGCCGAGCGCUCGCCGGAUGCUGCCAACUGCUAUCACCACGACUACAUAAGCAACGGCGGUUCGCGUCUCUCUCGGUUCAAUCUGAAAAUGCUUCCUGGUCGGAGCAAUUCGACCAGUCUCCCCUCACAUCCACCGCUGUAUCUUCUCCUGCCAUUCAGCCCCUCCAGUUGGUCCUCACCCCUCGCCACAUUCAACUCCUCUCUUUCUUCACCUGCACAGCAGCAAUUUCUGCAACCUGGCUCUUUUGCUCUGCAAUUCCAACUCUUCUGGCUCUAAAUAAGGCAGCUACAUCACUAGAGAAGCUAAUGGAUGCCAUGAGAGAGGAGCUUCCAGAAACAAUGGCUGCAGUGCGGUUAUCUGGAAUGGAGAUCAGUGACCUGACAAUGGAGCUCAGUGACCUCGGUCAGGAAUUAACACAAGGUGUAAGAGGGUCAACUCGAGCUGUGCGUUUGGCAGGGGAGAGGCUGCAGCAGUUGACUAAUAUUGCACCCUCAGCUACCACGCAGGGGGUGACCAGAAUGCAACCAAAGACAGCAGGACCAGCAUUGGCUAGAAGCUUGACGGGCAACAUAAGGGAGGAGAUUGUUAAAGGCCGUGCAUUUUUUGAAAUGCUUUUUACACUCUCCUGGUACUUUGGGUUGGCCUUCAAGUUUUUCAAGCGUCGGGCUAAGAUGGGAAAUGAUGGAACCAAUAUUUAAUCUAUUCUUAAUACAUGCAUAUUGUAUUUGUUAGGGAGAACUAUCAAAUAAGCCCUCAAACUUUCAAAAAAUGUGCAAAUAAGCCCUUUUACAGGAGACUCUGUCCGGCUGUCGCCAUUUGGGGCGGUUUCCGGUGGAAUUUUUUGAUGAAAGUUUUUGAGCAACUUAUUAGUUAAGUCUAGUUUACUCAUACCAAAUUUCAGCUAAAACCUCAACCGGGAAGGCAGUCAAAUGAAUUUUCGAAGAUAACUGCGCAGUUAGAGAGUGCAGUAUAUUUUAGAAAAUCAUUUGGCUACCUUCUCGAUUUAAUUUUUAGCCGAAAUUUGGUAUGGGUAAACUAGACUUAAUGAAAAAGAUGCAAAAAAAAAAAUCAAAAAAAAUCCACCGGAAACUGCCCCAAAUGGCGACAUCCGGACAAAGCCUCAUGUAAAAGGGCUUAUUUGCACUUUUUAUGAAAGUUCGAGGGCCUAUUUGAUAGUUCUCCCUAUUUGUUAUCAAAUGAGGCUGCUGUACUUCUGGUUCUAACUUGGUCAUUGGGACUUGAUUUGGGGUUGCUAAGAUUUGUGAAUUGCAUAUAGUUUGAAAGUUUGAUAGAGACCGAGAAGAGCAUGGGGCGGGACCGGGCUUGGGCCCACUUCCGUGGGCCGGGUUAGGGUUGUUGUUAUAGUUUAAUUAUUAUUAUUAUUAUUAAGUUAAUGUUAUGUUUUAGUUUGGGCCUAUUAUUAGUAGAGUAGUUAGUUGAGUUAAUUUGGGCUUAAUUAGGGUUCAAUUAAUUUGGGCUUGAAUAGAGUUUCUCUUAAGAGGCUAUUUAUACCCCUUGACAGGGUUCAUUCUUGCUCACUUGGAAUAAAAUUGGUUUUAG